AUGAAUGUCAGUAUUAUUCCCUGUCCGUCCUUGUGCCCGCCUCUCAUCUGCAUUGAGUCUACAGCUCCAUUCUCUUCGCACCGAUAUCGGAAACACGACCCCUCGCUCUUAUUAAACCUGACGCAGAAUAGGGGGGAGAGAGAUCGCACGGCGCGCCCCGGAGGCCAUCGAGAGGCGCUGCAUGCUCUCACUCUGUGCUGCCCAUUCAGGGGGAACCGGCUUUAUUAUUACCUGCGAAGCGUCCAAAACUAUUCCGAGCCCGAGUGCGAAGAGAAGCCGUGGGGUGGGGGGGGUGUGUGGACGAAAGGGGGAGGGUGA